ACAAAGCAUGACAUUUGUAUCGCUGGUUAGUUGGAGGCAAAAAAAUAACAUAUUACUCUUAUUUUAGGCCGUUUCUUGUUAUCCAUAAGACGACCAUGGACACAAAUACUUUGUUGCUCCGGUUUGAUGGACGCUCCCGGUUGCUGCUCCGUUCUUUACUCUCGGGAGCUACUGGUGCCCGUCGAGGUCUGUGGGUGUUCCAGCGGCAGCGACGGUCAGACCCGGACCGCUGCCUACACACCUGUCUCGAGACUCUUUGCCAGCAGGAAAUAUGCCUGAACAGUGAUGCUCAGACUCUGACAACCAAACCACUCGUGUGCCUAUUUCCAGUUGCCUUCCAACGGAGCCUCCUGUCCUUCCUCCAUCUCACCCACCCUUGCAUCCGGACCAGUGUCCUUCACCUGCUAGACUGCCUCAGCCAGGGGGAACAUGCCCCAAACCCCUGGGUGUCUGCCCUGGUCGUACAGCUCCGGAGAGACCUGGGAGCCCCUGGGGGGAAGGAGCCUCUAAUCACCCCCCAGUGCAGAGAAAGACUAAGGGGACUAUGUGAGCGUCUGAGGGAUAGUGGUGGUGGUGGUGAUGAUAAAGCAACAGGAUGGGCCUUGUGUUUAGGUGGACCAAUAGAGCCACAACUCCCCUCAUCCUCACAGGGUGGGCUAGAUGUGGUUCCGAAGAGGAAGAGCAGCUGUGUGGAUCUGGACUCAGAACCUGAGGAUGACGUCGGACAGCAGCGUAAGAGGAUGAGGAUAAGUCUUUCUCCUGUGGAAUCUGAGAGGAGUUGUAGCAGUAUGGAGUAUGUGGUGGGAACGGAGGGUUUGAAGGAUGAGAUGGAGACGGACCGGGUGGUUGGUGUCAUCCCAGAACCAGCUGUGGAACCGCAGCCAGCAGCAGGGAGUCCAAGUGAUGCCCUGCCUGAGAAUGUAAAGGCUUCAAUCCCUCAAAUCAAAGAAAUGUUGGAAAGUGAGAUGGAGUGGGACCAGAACUCAGUGGAUAUCUUCAAGGUGCUGAACGACUGUGACCCCUCCCAGGUAGAGAUCUUAUGUAGGAUGCUGAGUUUGUCUGAGAUGCCAGAACAGACCCUACCUCAGCUCUGUAGCUGCCUGCUAGAACUCUCUCCUGAUCUCAGUCACAGCACAGCAGCCACACUCAUCAAGAGUCUACUGCUGGGAAAGGUUCUGUCCCUUUCUGAACCUGCCUCACGCUGUCUAGUCACGGCUGUGACGUCACUAUGCAGUCGCUACCCCAGGCCAACCUGCCACGCUCUGAUUGGACCAGUCCUGGAGGAAGGGCAGACAGGCAAUGCACAGGCUGAGCUGCUCAACAGAUUGAUAGAAGACUGCCUGGAUCCCCACUUCAGACUGCUGGUGUUUCAAAUGACAAUCAAAGCGAUUUGGUGUGAAGGACUGCUGUCUGUCAUUCAUGUCCUGCUGGACAAGAAGCUGGAGCUGAAUGAAGAGCUGUUCACACUCUUCACUGACCAGCUAAGCUCCCAGGCACCUCACUUCACCAAGUCCAUGAAGUAUGCCAAGAUGAUGCUCACUGUGCUGACCAAGUAUAACACGCAU